AUGGUGGAUAUCGCAUCGACACUAUCGAUGAUAUUCUUUGCGUGCGUCGAGGCCGGCCCGCUGCGCGACGCGCUGCUGCCGCAUACAGCGGACCCUGCGCUUGAUGCCGCAGCGGCGCUGCUCGACCUGCUGCUGGCCUCCCUGCUGCGCGCCGUCGCCACGGUUGGCUGCGCGCCCCGCGGCGCGGGGCUCGGCGCAGCGAUAGCGGCGCACGUGGUCUCGGGCGGUUGGCUGGUGGCAAAGGCGGCGGUCACGCUGACGCUGGCUAUGUCCCCCGGCCGGAAGCUGCCCAGCGGGCAGCUGGUCGCGGGCGACGUCACCCUGCGCGUGCCAGGCCUGCUGGCCACAGAGGCGCUGGGCGUCCUCUUUUCUGGGCUGCUACUCGCCCAGGCCGUCGCCUUCCGCCGCGUGCUGCAGCAGCGGGCGCCCCGCGACGCCCUGUCCUCGCUGCGCCCGCUGCUCCCGGAUGCACGCGAGUGGCUGGAGCGCCGCCAGUCGCUGACGCGCGAGUGGGUCGAGGCCGGGGCCCCGCCUGAGCCCCCUCCCCCUAGGGGCGCUUGGCGCAAGGCAACCACCCGCGUCGUCGCGGCGCCGUCGGCGGUCGCUGCGGCCGUCGUUACGGCCGUCUCGCCGCCCGCGGCAGCGGCGCCGGCCGCACGAGCAGGGGCUGCGGCGGCGCCGCCGGCGGCGGAGCUCGCGCUGCCGCUGCUGGCGGGGCCGCCAUGGGGCAGCGACGACGAGGAGGGUUCAGAGGGGAUGCAGAGUGCGGCGUCCCACGCGGCAGCCAGCAGCUCAAGAGCCAAUAGCUUCUGCACUGCGCUGUCGGAGCCAAUCGAGCGGUCGUCGUCUGACCUUGACAGAGCAGUGUAG